AUGCUUACAAGAAGCAGUACCAGUGCUCCACCUACUCCUCCUAAAUCAUCCACUAGUGCUCCCAGUACAUCAGCCAAUGCCGCCGCUGCCGCCAACGCCGUUGCGACUGGUCCAAACGCAGCAGCAAAUGCCGCUGCCGCCGCUAAUGCCGCAGCAAAUGGUCCAAACUCAUCAGCAAAUGCCGCUGCCGCCGCUAAUGCCGCAGCAAGCACCAAUGCCUCGCCGACAUCUUCCAGCCCUGAGUCAUCAACUGGAAGCAGCAACAGUGCUCCACCUACUUCUCCUGCGACAUCUUCAAUCACCAGUCCUCCGCCGACAUCAUCCAGCUCUGAGUCAUCAGCUGGAAGCAACACCAGUGCUUCGACCACAUCAUCCAGCUCUGAGUCAUCAUCUGCUAGUGCUCCCAGUACAUCAGCCAAUGCCGCCGCUGCCGCCAACGCCGUUGCGACUGGUCCAAACGCAGCAGCAAAUGCCGCUGCCGCCGCUAAUGCCGCAGCAAAUGGUCCAAACUCAUCAGCAAAUGCCGCUGCCGCCGCUAAUGCCGCAGCAAGCACCAAUGCCUCGCCGACAUCUUCCAGCCCUGAGUCAUCAACUGGAAGCAGCAACAGUGCUCCACCUACUCCUCCUGCGACAUCUUCAAUCACCAGUCCUCCGCCGACAUCAUCCAGCUCUGAGUCAUCAACUGGAAGCAACACCAGUGCUUCGACCACAUCAUCCAGCUCUGAGUCAUCAUCUGCUAGUGCUCCCAGUACAUCAGCCAAUGCCGCCGCUGCCGCCAACGCCGUUGCGACUGGUCCAAACGCAGCAGCAAAUGCCGCUGCCGCCGCUAAUGCCGCAGCAAAUGGUCCAAACUCAUCAGCAAAUGCCGCUGCCGCCGCUAAUGCCGCAGCAAGCACCAAUGCCUCGCCGACAUCUUCCAGCCCUGAGUCAUCAACUGGAAGCAGCAACAGUGCUCCACCUACUCCUCCUGCGACAUCUUCAAUCACCAGUCCUCCGCCGACAUCAUCCAGCUCUGAGUCAUCAACUGGAAGCAACACCAGUGCUUCGACCACAUCAUCCAGCUCUGAGUCAUCAUCUGCUAGUGCUCCCAGUACAUCAGCCAAUGCCGCCGCUGCCGCCAACGCCGUUGCAACUGGUCCCAACGCAGCAGCAAAUGCCGCUGCCGCCGCUAAUGCCGCAGCAAGCACCAAUGCCUCGCCGACAUCUUCCAGCCCUGAGUCAUCAACUGGAAGCAGCAACAGUGCUCCACCUACUCCUCCUGCGACAUCUUCAAUCACCAGUCCUCCGCCGACAUCAUCCAGCUCUGAGUCAUCAACUGGAAGCAACACCAGUGCUUCGACCACAUCAUCCAGCUCUGAGUCAUCAUCUGCUAGUGCUCCCAGUACAUCAGCCAAUGCCGCCGCUGCCGCCAACGCCGUUGCGACUGGUCCAAACGCAGCAGCAAAUGCCGCUGCCGCCGCUAAUGCCGCAGCAAAUGGUCCAAACUCAUCAGCAAAUGCCGCUGCCGCCGCUAAUGCCGCAGCAAGCACCAAUGCCUCGCCGACAUCUUCCAGCCCUGAGUCAUCAACUGGAAGCAGCAACAGUGCUCCACCUACUCCUCCUGCGACAUCUUCAAUCACCAGUCCUCCGCCGACAUCAUCCAGCUCUGAGUCAUCAACUGGAAGCAACACCAGUGCUUCGACCACAUCAUCCAGCUCUGAGUCAUCAUCUGCUAGUGCUCCCAGUACAUCAGCCAAUGCCGCCGCUGCCGCCAACGCCGUUGCGACUGGUCCAAACGCAGCAGCAAAUGCCGCUGCCGCCGCUAAUGCCGCAGCAAAUGGUCCAAACUCAUCAGCAAAUGCCGCUGCCGCCGCUAAUGCCGCAGCAAGCACCAAUGCCUCGCCGACAUCUUCCAGCCCUGAGUCAUCAACUGGAAGCAGCAACAGUGCUCCACCUACUCCUCCUGCGACAUCUUCAAUCACCAGUCCUCCGCCGACAUCAUCCAGCUCUGAGUCAUCAACUGGAAGCAACACCAGUGCUUCGACCACAUCAUCCAGCUCUGAGUCAUCAUCUGCUAGUGCUCCCAGUACAUCAGCCAAUGCCGCCGCUGCCGCCAACGCCGUUGCGACUGGUCCAAACGCAGCAGCAAAUGCCGCUGCCGCCGCUAAUGCCGCAGCAAAUGGUCCAAACUCAUCAGCAAAUGCCGCUGCCGCCGCUAAUGCCGCAGCAAGCACCAAUGCCUCGCCGACAUCUUCCAGCCCUGAGUCAUCAACUGGAAGCAGCAACAGUGCUCCACCUACUCCUCCUGCGACAUCUUCAAUCACCAGUCCUCCGCCGACAUCAUCCAGCUCUGAGUCAUCAACUGGAAGCAACACCAGUGCUUCGACCACAUCAUCCAGCUCUGAGUCAUCAUCUGCUAGUGCUCCCAGUACAUCAGCCAAUGCCGCCGCUGCCGCCAACGCCGUUGCGACUGGUCCAAACGCAGCAGCAAAUGCCACUGCCGCCGCUAAUGCCGCAGCAAAUGGUCCAAACUCAUCAGCAAAUGCCGCUGCCGCCGCUAAUGCCGCAGCUAGCGGAGGAAAAGCUUCCGCGGCUGCCAACGCAGCAGCCGCAGCACAAGCCGGAUAGAAAAGUGAGAAAUGCAGCCAGUUACAGAAAACCCGUCUCUCAAUCGAAACUUCGCAACGAAUAUGGACAUUGGACACCGA